AUGGUUUACACGGGAAAGCCUAGCCGGGGCUGUGGCAUGUGCAAGAGUCGCAGAAUAAAGUGCGACGAGAAACGACCGACAUGCGGCAAUUGCAAGAAGUCGGGGCGAGACUGCCCAGGCUACCCAGAUGAAUUCGACCUGGUCUUCCGUGAUGAAAACAAAGCAAUGGCACGAAAAGCGAGAAAAGUGUCAGGACCAACACCGACAAGCAGUACUACGGAUUCAACGAGUCCACGUAGUUCAUCACAUCUCUCACCAUCACCAAGCGCCGAAACAGUGCCGGGAGAACACUCCUUUCAAUUAAUCAGUACAACACAAAGGAAAUCAUCCGAUCCCAGCCAUGCUCAACAAAUUCUCGCACUUCCCAACUACACCACACCUCUACCAUUGGACCAAGACUUCAAUUUCGACACCUUUGUCUGGAACCUUGAAAAUGCCAUGCCACCCACGAUACACUUGGCACCGGAAUGCGAGGCCGUCCCAUUUUUCUUCAAAAACUUUAUCACAUUACCGCAACAGGCAGAAAGUACGAGAGGCUAUCUGGAAUGCCUCGUGCCACUAUACAAUCGCGCGCGACCGUCUUCGGUUUUACACCUAGUCACUACAGCCGUAGCAAUGGCAACCUGUGGACAAUAUCCAGGUAGACAGCAAUUGCUUCGUGAGGCAGUCUCAACAUACGGCAAAGCAAUUAAGAAGUUGAACGAGGAUUUGAAAGAUCCAAUCAUGUCGAAGAGCGACGAGACAGUACUCGCCAUUCUCAUGUUCUCUUUGUACGAAACUAUAAUGUCCACAGACGAUACAAUCACCGCAUGGGGUAACCACGUCGAUGGCGCUGUCGCCCUCACCAAACUACGCGGCACUGCACAAUUCGCUGACCCAAUGUCGCACGCCAUCUUCCGCGCCGUCCGCACAAUGAUGAUAACCUCGUGCGUCCAACGCUCCAAACCCAUCGACUCCUUUCCCAGUGAUGCAGGCUGGAUCGGCUCCGGCAGUCUAUCUGAAGAAAACGCAGCAAACCGGCUCACCUUGAUUUGCAUUGAUUUGCCCAAUCUUCGCGCACGAGCAAACUCACUAACGACCACGCCCUACACACCGGAACACGCCAGCGAAGCAGCCCAGAUCCUGUCGUUUGCGCAAACCGUCGAUGGCAACCUCGAAGAGUGGUACCGCACGCUACCGUCCGAGUGGAAACACCGCAUCAUCGGGGUAGUCAGCGAACGCAUAGCGCCCGAGGAUCUCGCGCUCGCGGAGAAGUGGCCAGGCGAACAACACGUGUACCACGAUGUACCGCUCGCAAGCGUCAUGAAUGACUAUCGCGUCUGUAGAAUUUUCUGCCGGAGGGUCAUCAUGGCUUGUGUGGAGUGGUUGAGUCUGGGUAGGGGUGCUGGGCUCGAGGACGGGGCCGUGUGGAGGGAUGAGGAUGGCGCGCGUGAACGCAGUGUUUGGGUGAUUCAACAGAUGGUGGAUGAGAUUAGCGCUUGUGUGCCUUUUCAUAUGAGUUAUGACCUUCAGCCUCUGGCCAAGGAAAUGGGCCAGGAGCAAAAUGCUGCAGAGGCCUUCGGCGGCUACUCCCUCGUCUGGCCCCUCUACGUCUCCGCAAACGCCGAAUCCGUACCCCAAGACCAGCGCGACUGGCUCUUUGGCCGUCUAUCCGUCAUCGGCACCAAAUUUGGACUCAGUAGUGCGCAGAUACUUGUCCUGGCUAGACGGCACGUCCUUACUUGUGGGCCGAUGUUUCCAUGA